CCAGAUUGGUAGGCGCUGCAAUGCGACUCGUUCCUUGGAGUGCCCACCACGAUACAAGCAAAAUUUCACGCCACUAAUGUUGCAAACGGCCAAAUUUUCUUGUUAUAAAUGUCCCUCCGCUUCCCACUGAAAUAAGCAUUCAAGCCUUGUCUCUCCCUCCUUCAUUCACUUCAACCCAGUCACUCUUUCAUCAUGCGCUUCUCACUCCUUGCAUUCGCUACCGUUGCUCUGGCAGCACGUCCAUUCCUUGAGGAGCCAGACACAGGCAUUGACGAUGCCUUGGGCAACACUCCCGAUGGCACACUUCCACCUCUAGAGUCCAUGGUUGGGCUUCCGGAUUUCCAAUGGGCUGCCCGCCGCUACAUGAACACGUCGGCAUUCACGUACUACCGCAACGGCGCGGCGGGUGAGUGGUCUUACCGCAACAACCUGGAAGUGUUCCAGCGGUUCCCUCUCCGCCCUCGUGUCCUGCGCGAUAUCACCAAUGUCGAGGCGUCGCUGCCCACGACUAUCCUCGGAUACAACACCUCUGCGCCCUUUUUCAUCUCGCCGUGUGCCCGUGGUGGAUACGCGCAUCCCGAUGGUGAGCUCGGUCUCGCCAAGGGUGCGAGUUCAGGCCAAAUCUUGUACAUGGCGUCGCUCUUCUCGUCGAAGCCCAUGGCCGAUAUUUACGCUGCGGGCAGCAACAGGACGGCGCCGUUCUUCCAACAGGUGUAUCUCACCGAUGACAUGAACGCGACACAGCAGUUGUUCAAGCAGAUCGAGGAUGUGGGCUCCAAGGCUAUUGUCCUGACCAUCGACUCUCCCGGCGACGGUAUCAGGCACCGUGCUGCGCGCUACAGCGUGGGGUCUGCAGACUCAAGCUUGAGCCUGCUCACGUGGGAUUUGUUCCACAAGUACGGCAACAUGACCAAGCUGCCCAUCAUCCCCAAGGGUAUUCAGACUGUUGAAGAUGCGCGUGAGGCGGUCAACAACGGUGCUAAGGCCAUCUUCUUGUCCAACCACGGCGGUCGCCAGAUUGACCAGUCUCCCUCUUCGCUCGAGGUUGCACUGGAGAUCUACAACAAGGACCCGGAUGUCUUCUCCCAGACUGAGGUCUACGCCGAUGGCGGUGUCCGCUACGGAACUGAUAUCCUGAAGCUCCUUUCUCUAGGUGUGAAGGCUGUUGGUGUUGGACGUCCUUUCAUGUACGCCAACGUCUACGGUGCUGAGGGUGUAGAGAAGGUCAUCGAUAUCCUGAAGUACGAGCUUUUGAACGACGCGGCCAACCUUGGUGUUGCCGACUUGAAGAAGAUUGGUCCCCAGUACGUUAACUGGGCUGCCACAAAUGUGUGGUCCCAGUAGAUGAUGGAGAUGUUUUGCAGCUUGGGGCGAAAGGUGUUCAGACUGUAUUGGUCUUGCUUGUAGUCCAAAAUUAUAUACCUCUCGUAGUUUCCAUAUGUUAACAAAUUUCAAUCACCACC